AUUAUAUAUCUCCCAAGUACUUAUGAAAUUCGAAACAUCUGAUGUUGUUUCAUAACUUGUAUUGCAAGUAACCUGAACAUCGGCUUGCUAAUUUCAGUUGAGCAACAUCAUGAGUUGCUAUAAGAGUUACUCCUCGAUUUUUCUCUCUCCUUUACUAUUUCUGUUCAUCCAUGAGUCAAUUUCGAGCUCGUGUCAAUCGGAAUCAUGUGGAGAUAUGAAGAAGAUCCCGUACCCUUUUGGAAUCCAACAAGGUUGCUACCUCAACGAAUGGUACAGAAUCGAAUGCAGAAACGCUACUUCCCCAUUCCUCUUCAAGCUAAACAUGGAAGUUGUGAAUAUCUAUCUUCCAGCUGAUGGGACUGUUGAAUACAAUACCCGCCGAUCUUUGGGAUCGAUCCGUGUAAAAAGCCCUAUAAAAUCCGAUGGAUGUUCAAGAGAUGAAAAAGAUCAGUCUGCAUCGGUCUUGAAUUUAAAGGACAGCCCUUUCUUCAUUGGGAGUGGAAACAGCCUCGUAGCGGUUGGCUGCAACAGCAAGGCGUCGUUGACUAACAUCGAGCCGAGCAUUGUGGGAUGCGAGCUGAGCUGCACUGCUGCAAGCAAAGAUUCAUUACGUAGCAAAAACGCGCCCUUUUUCGACAAAUCUGGAUGUUCUAGCAACGCCUUGCCUUACGAAAACACUCAAGAAGACUGUACAAAGAAUGAUCAUGGGGAUCAAGAAGAAAGAAGCUGCAAUGGCAACGGAUGUUGCCGUGCAAGUCUACCGGAUGAUACUGAGGCUCACCAGGUGAUCGGCGUCGACAUAGAGAGCCUUGAGAAUGGAAACUCGACGACAAGCCGACAAUGUAGAGUCGCUUUCCUUACAGAUGAAGUCUACACGUCAUCGAAUUUAACAGAGCCAGAAAGACUUUUUGCUAAAGGGUAUGCCACAGUUAGGAUAGGAUGGGUCAUUCAGACCAGUAACCUUUCCUUUGUAGACUCCUUGAGCUGCAGAAACACAAAAGAGUACAAUAGUUUAGGGUUUAAUGAUAUUAAAUUCGGAACAAGUUGCACCUGCAGCAAUAUCACCAUUUCUGCGACCAAUUAUGCAAGCUGUGGAUGCACACAAGGUUAUACAGGCAACCCAUACCUCUUUAACGGAUGCAAAGACAUUGAUGAGUGCCAAGAACGCGAUCCUGAUGGAAGUCGCCGAUACUGUACAGGAAGUGGCGAUACUUGCGUGAAUUUGCCUGGAGAUGUUGAGUGUGUGCGCGAUAAAACUGGAGCAAUAAUGAUAGGAGUAGGUGCAGGUUUUGGAGUGUUAGUCCUAGUAGGUGUAAUUUGGUUCUUGAGAAAGUUUCUUAAGAAGAGAAGGAAAACUCAGAGGAAAAAGAAGUUCUUCAAACGUAACGGUGGGUUAUUGUUGCAACAACAACUAAACACAAGAGAAGGCAGCAUAGAGACGACAAGGAUAUUCAGCUCGAAAGAGCUUGAAAAAGCCACUGAAAACUUCAGCGAAAACAGGAUACUUGGACAGGGUGGUCAAGGCACUGUGUACAAAGGAAUGCUAGUCGAUGGUAGAACGGUUGCUGUCAAGAAAUCCAAAGCUGUGGAUGAAGACAAAAUAGAAGAGUUCAUCAACGAAGUUGUGAUCCUCUCCCAGGUCAACCACAGACAUGUCGUCAAGCUCCUAGGAUGCUGUCUUGAGACGGAAGUUCCCGUUCUGGUUUAUGAGUUUAUCCCCAAUGGUAACCUUCUCCAGCACAUCCAUGAAGAAACUGAUGCUUACACAAUGAUAUGGGGGGUGCGUCUGCGCAUUGCCGUGGAUAUUGCAGGAGCUCUUUCGUAUUUGCACUCUUCUGCGUCUUCUCCAAUUUAUCACAGAGAUGUCAAGUCAACAAACAUAUUACUAGACGAGAAGUAUCGAGCCAAAGUGUCCGAUUUCGGUACUUCAAGAUCAGUAACUCUAGAUCAUACUCACUGGACAACGUUUGUUUCAGGUACAGUCGGAUAUGUGGAUCCAGAGUACUAUGGAUCUAGCCAAUAUACCGAUAAGAGUGAUGUUUAUAGCUUUGGAGUCAUCCUUGUUGAGCUUAUCACAGGAGAGAAGCCUGUAAUUACCUUUUCAGAUUCUCAAGAAAUAAAAGGCUUAGCGGAUCAUUUCAAAGCUGCCAUGAAGGAGAACAGAUUCAAUGAUAUUAUGGAUGCUCGAAUAAGAGAUGCCUGCAAUCCGGAACAAGUAAUGGCAGUGGCAAAUCUAGCAAGGAGAUGUUUAAAUUCUAAGGGAAAGAAGCGGCCAUAUAUGAGAGAAGUGUUUACCGAGUUGGAGAAGAUAUGUUCAUCUCCUACAGGUGAUUCGUUGGUAAAGGUUGAAAAUGACGAUGAUGCUGAUGAAGAGGACCAAGGAAUGAAUACGAUACACAUAGCUGAUUCGUGGACUAUCGGUGUUACUGCUCCAAUCCCUAGUACUGCUGCUUCCUCUUCCUCAUCAGAUGCUGAACCAUUGUUUCCUCGCUCCACAUGGUGAACUGUGAAAAGGGGAAGGUAAUUCUGAACAAAACUGAUUAUGUUUUCAAAGUUUUGGUAGUUGCUGAACUGUAUAAUGUUUGUUGUGGUUGCGUAUGUCUCUUAAAUACCUGCUCCUCUACUGGGCUUUCCCUACCC